GAUCCCGCGUUGCGUACGGAAAUCACCAGUUUACGCUACGGUUCUAGCUAUGGUGUUCACCAAUGUGGAUUUAUAGUACUUCAGUUGUCAAUUCGAAUAGCAAUUGAUUGCAAUAACAACCACCCACAUACAUACACAUGUUCUCUUGUAAUAAUGCCUUCAGCGAAUACCGAAGAGUUGCGGCGAAAGUUUACUGUUGUUCAGCAACAGCGCUCAGUUCCGUCGAAAUUCGCGUUAAUGACCACCACCUCUGCUGUGUACGAUCAUUUAGACACAAACAUCACCACAUCAAUGAUGGUUCAGGCAACACCAAUGAUUCCUCUACAGGAACCCGAACAUACCUACAUAUUUCCUGGAGCAAUAAACCUUGCCGGUGGGCUUGGAGCAAGCGCUAUCCAUAGUAUGGCACCGGGCAUUCCUGGCGUUGCUGUUGUGUCUGCGCCAUCACACAGCCUCAGCGUGGGAACGGAUAGUCGCGGCCAUAUAAGGUCUGUGAGUCACGGAGGCGGUGCCAUUAUAGGGCCGAGAGGCCGUCCAAUGAAAUCAGCUAUGAAAGGACAUCAACGUGCUUUUUCACAUGGCCAAAUUACAGAUUCACCAGGCGCUCCUGGAGCCUCACGAGGCCAUAGUCGCGUUGGUUCAAAAACUGAUUUUAUCCUACCACCUGGUCACAAAGAGGAAGUAGAAAGUCGGGAGUUUGGGCCAUCUGUUGCAUCUUCAGGGGGUGGGCGUGGUCAUUCGAGGCAGGCAUCGCGUUCAGAAUCUAUAUACACUUUGCGUCGCUCUGAAACACCACCUUGGUGGAAGCGGAUAGCUGUAUGUCAUACUGAGAAACUCGAAGAGCGAAGCUAUCGUGUCCUCGUACCAAAUCACACAGUUCCACCAAAGACUCCCAAGCGGGCUCAUCCGAAUGAAGAUUUUGUGGGCAAUAAAAUACGCACGACAAAGUACACACUGCUGUCCUUCGUACCAAAAAAUUUACUUGAACAAUUCCAUCGUGUUGCGAAUUUGUAUUUUAUUUUUAUCGUUCUGCUGAAUUGGUUUCCAGCGAUAAAUGCGUUUGGCAAAGAAGUUGCCAUGAUACCUGUUCUCUUUGUGCUCGGUGUGACCGCAGUUAAGGACUUAUUUGAAGACAGACGACGUCGUUACUCCGACAAGCGAAUCAACAACACGACAUGUCGUAUUUAUGACGG